UCCGUUUUCCGGUUGUACAACAAACGAGGGAAAGUUGAACAGUUUUGUCAGAAAACGCAGUUUAAAUGUCCACCGAAAGGCAACAAUCACCGUCGAAUUUACCGGAUAGAUGGCUCCAAGAAAACAACGAAUUAGUCAACAAAUGGAAGAACAGAGAUGCGUCAAGCCGAGACCAGAACCACGUCAUAUUAUUGUUGUCAUCUGAGUUCCAAAAACUUUUAAGGAAAAUACAAGGUCUUCCUCCCCUCGAUGAUCACGUCCGGUUGGAGUUGUGCGUGGCGUACAAUGUUUGCUUGCUUUCCAUCGCUCUGUCUCAGAUGUCAGAAGCUGAGAUGCUCCUCACACAAACUGUGGACAGAGUUUUGCAGAUGGCAAGAGUUGAGCCAACGGAGUCGUCCCCACCGGAGUUCUGGCGCGCAGUUGUGACAUCAGUGGAAAACGAAGCAUUCAAGACCGGUGUACAAAACCUGCUGUGUGUGCGGUGGGCCAUCUGGUUGUCCAACUGUACGCUUGAAGCCAUCGAAGGACUUCAGGAGGAGUUUUCCUCUCUUUCCGCAGGACUUGAUCAAGACGUGACAAGCGAAGCCAGGCGAAUUCCGUCAAACGUUCCGCUUUUACUGAUGGAGCCAAGAAAGCUUCUUGAAUUGUUGCAAAUUUGCACUCUCAUCACCCAAGGCGCGGAGAGAUUGAAUGAGGGCCGAAGCUCAGAGGCUCUAACGGCUCUGCACGCUGCUUCCUCCCUGCCUGCUCCCAGAAUUCUAGUGGCGUACACGCACCUGCUAUCCGGCGCCUGUCUGGCCCGCACGGGCCGCCCUCAGAUGGCACUGCACUGUUUCAGGAACGCGGUGGAGACAGAUUUCCUGUGUGUGUGCGCUCAAUAUCAGAGCGUGCUCAUCUUCAGGGGCUUGGGGGACACGCAGGCGGAGAUACAAAUGCUUCGAUUCUUGCACUCUACGCUGAUGUUGCCCUCCACCUCUGAGCCUCUGACAGCCGGCGAUCAGAUCUUCUCGCUGUCCGUACUUCUACGGAGUCCGGCCCUGCGCAGCCUGCUUUUUGUCCCGACUGCCUUGUGUGUUCUUCACAGUUUGGCCCAGAAAUGCGUGCUGGAUUCAAGGGUGUCUGAAGGUGUGGAAUGUUAUCUGGACCUGCUGGCUGCUAUUCAUUCCGAGGAACACAGCGUAUCUUCAGAGGACUCUCGCCUUCCCCGGUUAGCCGAACUUUACCUGGAAGCCGGCACCGCCUUGCUCAUGGCCGAGCGCCCCGUCGAUUGCAUGACUUUGUGCGAUGAAGUCAUCGCCACCACGGCGGAGCUGCUGCCGGAGCGCGUGGUGCUGGAAGACCCGGAGGAAGGGGUGGAGGAGUCGUCUACGUGCGCUGACGGUGAACAGGAUGGGGCGGCGAUGCUUUUUUGGACGGGGGCGGCUUACCUCCUCCAGGGUCACAGCUGCUGUCAGCUGCAGGACUGGAAGCAAGCUGCGGCACACUACACAAGAUGUAUUAACCUGCUGGUGAAAGUGAGCUUUAAAGAGAGAGGUGGCCAACCUCAAAUCCCGACUCCGGACAUGUGCAAUGAGAAAAGAAGAGAUCUUCAGAUUCUACAGAGGAUGAAGGGGCUCUCAUUAGCGGGGCGGGGCAUCAGCUUCGCGCAGACCGACCAGCUUCGACACGCACUGAGAAACCUCCAGCUCAGCCUGCACGCUUUUCCAGAGUAUGUGAAUGCAAGACUCUGGUGUGGAGAGUUGCUGUGGAGGUUCGACAGGAAAAGUGAGGCGGCCGCAAUAUGGGAGAAGACGUGGAGCAUUAGCAUAAGCUCAGCAGAGAACAUGCCUAUGUACUUGCGGGAACCUCAAUCCGGACCCACGUUGGACACUGAAGAACUUCGCCGCAGGAUACGUGAACUUCAUUCCGGCUAGCUCGCCUUGAGCGAUGAAGAAGAAUGUCACGUAUAUUCAUAUGUAACUUUUUGCUUAUUUGUACAGCUGUCAAUGUCUAAAGGAAAGCGACACAUUUGCAUUGUUUAUAACUAAAACUAAUGGAUUUGCAGCAUGCAGAACACACACCCAUCCAUCCAUUUUCUUUGCCGCUUAUCCUCACGAGGGUCGCGGUGAGUGCUGGAGCCAAUCGCAGGGCACAUGGAGACAAAUACCCGCGCUCAUGAUCACACCUAGGGGCUAUAUAGAGUGUCCAAUUAAUGUUGCAUGUUUUGAAACCCACGCAGGGACGGACGGGGAGAACAUGCAAACUCUACACAGGCAGGCCUGGGAUCGAAUACGAAUACUAAGAACUGUGAGGCCCCAGAACACACAACACAUUGCAAAACUGCUCACAUACUGCCACAGUUACAAAAAAUUUCAGGGUAAAUUUAUUUAUUUUUUUUUUUAAAGACCAUUUGUAUGAUCUGAAAUGCUAACUCAGUAAAUGAUUUGAGGACUAAAAUGAUGUGCCAAUUGCUGUCAGGAAUGACAUCCCUAAAAUCUAAUUGGACGUGUACUUCAAGGUUACUUCAUGCCAUAGUUAUGGCUGAACUUUUUAUUAUUAUUUUUUUACUGGAUGCUUAUUUUUUUGUUGUUGUUGUUCUUUCUUCAACUUUGUUUACAGAAGUAUUCCUAUUAAACUAAACAGGCCAAAGAAUCAAA